GUGAGACAGACCGGGAGAAGCAGCAGAGAUUUUAAAAAACUAAAAACAAACGGAGCUAAUCGCAGACACACACAGAGAAGCAGGUCGGCAGAGGAGCGGACCUGAAACUUACCAGACACACUCUUCGAACACACUCACACACUCUCUCUCUCUCUCUCUCUCUCUCUCUCUCACACACACUCAGUCGGCAGCAGCAGCAUGUUCUGGUGGAGGCUCCCCCAGGCGGUGUGUGCGCUGUCAGCGUGCGCGUGUCUGAUUCUCGCAUAUGAGGAUGAUAUUGAGGUCAACUAUGCUGACACCUUCUACAAUGAAAUCACAGAUGGAGAGACACCAGAACCCACACCGAGUCCAACACCCUGCACUUCUCGAGACUUGUCCAAAUGGGACAAAAUCUUUACAAUGCUGGAAAACAGUGAGAUGAGGGAGAACAUGCUGCUUCAGUAUGCAGAUGAGAUCGUCAAGGUGGAGUUGGCUUCACUGCGUGGAGAAUUGCUCAGGUUCGUAAGCCAGUAUGGUUACUCCUGCGGCGUUGCAUUGGAGGCAUCAGGAAGAAAGAUGGCCGUGCAGAUGGAAGGCCGCAUCAGAGAAACCAUGGAGCGCCUCAGACCCAGAGAUCAGACCGCUGCUGCUGCCUGGAACUCUAACCACCUGGAGGCGAUGCUGCAGCAGCUCCUCUCCGCAGCACAAACACAAGCUUCCCGACUCGCCAAGCUGGAGACCAGCUGCUUCAGCGGCCCAGGAGCGGGGACGGGGUUGAAUGCAAAGCCACGAUCCCAGCUACCGGAAGAAGCUGGGGGGGCAGGGCUCCGGGAGCAAGAGGUCACACCACAAGAGGUGGCUUUGGAAGGGGUGCUGGCUGCGAUGGAACAGAUUAAGGUGGAACUGGGGGAGGUGCUGAGGUCAUCGAGGCAGAGAUCACUACCCGCAGGUUGUGAGAUGGCGCUCCUCUUCCCCAUGCGUUCCCGUCGAAUCUACACCUCCGUCAUACCAGACGUCCCCCUCUCCGUCUCGUCCUUCACUGUCUGCAUGUGGGUGAAGCCGACCACCAUGUCCAACAGAACCGUGCUGUUCUCAUACGGGAACCGUCGCAACCCAUAUGAGAUCCAGCUGCUGCUGGGUCAAACCUCUGCGCUCCUCACCAUCGGAGGAGAGGCUCACCUGGUGGAGGCCCGGGAUGUGGUGAAACCAGGAGGCCCGUCGGAGUGGAUCCACUUGUGCGGGGCGUGGUCAUCCGAGCAGGGCCUGGCGUCCCUUUGGGCAGGUGGGAAGAAAGUGGCCUCCACGCCCGGAGUGGCGGAAGGACACGUCUUACCCGACGGAGGCUCGCUCCUGCUGGGGCAAGAAAGAAAUGACUGCUGCCCUCAGUCUCCGAACAGCAGGAGCGGGGUGGCAGGGUUUGAUGGAGGGUUCGAUCCAAAGAUGGCGUUUGCGGGCAAGAUGACGGGAGUGAACAUGUGGGACAGGGCGCUGUCAGAGGGAGAGAUUUCCCAGAUAGCUUUGCGGGAGGGCCAGGGCAGGGGGAACAUGGUGGCGUGGGGCGUGACGGAGAUGGUGCCACAUGGAGGCGCUCAGUUCAUUAACUGAAGGGUUCCUCGUGGUGGAACCUUUCCUCAUAAUCUUCAUCAUCAUUGUGAAUACCAGCGACAUCGCGAUAAGCUUGCAUGAUGCAACUGAAGAUAGCAAUUUACAACCAGCAAUUUACAAUGUACCAUCGUUGUCCCUAUAGUUAAACGUUUUAAUUCUAAUGUUACUUUUUCCUUCAUCGUCAUCUCCAUCGCUAUUAUCAUGAACAAUAAUGCUGCAAUGAACUUUACUGGACAUUUUCAACGUAGAGAAAGCCAAUGUUGUGAGAGACGACAUUUAUUUUUGUAACGUAAUCUUUUGAACUGAGAGCAUAACACACACACACACAAACACACACACACAAUAUAUCAUUACAGUGAAUGGGUUGUGAGCCAGUAAACUGACAGAGUAAAAUAAGAGGUCACAACCAAUUACAAGAGAUUAUCUUGUAACUGCAGAGUGAUGAAGUUUUUAGGGUAACGAUGGCCUUUUAUCUCUUUCUAUCUAGAUGUGUACAGAAAUAGCUAGUACUAAUGUUAAGCAUUAAUAUAACACAAUAUUUUUGUUUUCUACUUUUGAAGUGUUGUAGGUACAAUUAUUAGAUGUUUGAAUUGAAAGCAGAGGUACCACAUUAAUGUGUCGAUAAUGUGUUAACAUUAUAUAAUGUAUAAAAUACCUGACCUGACUGAAAGAUUGUUUUCAUGCAUGGACAACCAGCCACUGCAGAAACAGCUUCAGAUUUUUUAUUACCAAUUUAUUAAUUUACUCUCAGAAUUUUCUUGAAUUUAUGAAAGCUUUUAGAGCAUUUUUAAGACCUUACAUUUCCAACGUGUAACAAUUAAAGUGUUUACAUUCAUAGGAGUUCUGCUCUGUUUUAUUUUUAAUAGUUAUAUUUGUGUGUUCUUUUUUUAAACUGCAUUAAGUAAUAGGAAGUAAAACCGUGAUUGUUAUGUGACAUUUACAUCGUUUUUUGUAAUUGUUAAAAGAAACUGAGGACAAUGUUUACACACUAAUCGUUCAUGAAUGGAGUUGUCUUGUAUUAUAAUGUAAAUUGCUUUUAAAGUUCUUGUGAAAAGGUGAAAAUGAAUGUAUAUUGUACAUAAAUAUAUUUUGCAUAACAUGACUGGAUGAAUGGAGAGUGAGAUAUGAAUAAACAUUUCAAGUUAUAAUAUAA